AUAUAGCUUUCCUCGCCACUAUUCUUUCCUUCCAAUUUGGUGAUAUGCGUUGUCGUUUUGUCCACAUUUGAUGGCCAACCGAAUUUUUGUACCCGAGUUCCCGCAUGUGGCGAUAUUGGCGACAUCUGUAUGGGGCUAACGAGACAUCAAAUGUAAAGAGGUGGCAUUGGUGGCAUGCACUUUUCUUGCGUGUACUGUGCACCUCAAAGGCUGUUAUAAGGAAAAUGUAACGCAGGUAUAAAGAAAGCGCGUUCUAGUGUAUCCGAAGGCCAAAGGAAGUUAACUUGUUCCAUUGCUCGAACCAUAUUAACUGUCAAGUAGGUCACAAAGCAUAGACUACAUUAACUGUGGACAACCAUGCAUCUUGCACGUUCCUUGAGCGCGAAAAUUGUUCGUGGUCUGGCCUCCACAGCAACAGCAGCCCAGCCAAAAUCGGCACAAUGUGGCCAGCUUACUUCACAACAGGUGUUUGAAAGAGAAGACAAAUUUGGUGCCCACAAUUAUCAUCCUGUGCCUGUUGCUAUCCACAAGGCAAAAGGAGUCUUUGUUUGGGAUGUCGAAGGUAGAAAAUACUAUGACUUCUUGAGUGCAUACAGUGCUGUUAACCAGGGCCACUGCCACCCUAAAAUUGUAAGGACCCUCCAACAGCAAGCCGAGAUGGUUACCCUCACUUCGAGGGCAUUUUACAACACAGCACUUGGAGAGUUUGAGGAAUACCUAUCUAAGCUUUUUGGCUACGAUAAGGUCUUACCGAUGAACACAGGUGUGGAAGCUGUUGAAACGGCUUGCAAGCUAUCUCGUCGUUGGGGCUAUGACGUCAAAGGCAUCCCUAAGAAUAAAGCUAAAAUUAUUUUUGCGGAAAACAAUUUCUGGGGCCGUUCGCUUGCUGCUGUGUCGUCCUCCACAGAUCCGUCAAGCUAUUCAGGGUUUGGACCUUUCAUGCCUGGAUUUGAGAUUAUCCCAUACGAUGAUUUACAAGCCCUAGAGAAAUCUCUUCAGGAUCCUAAUGUGUGUGCUUUCAUUGUGGAACCUAUUCAAGGUGAAGCUGGUGUCGUAGUUCCAUCUGAUGGAUACCUUAAAGGGGUUCGUGAGCUCUGUUCAAAAUACAACGUCCUCUGGGUCGCAGACGAGAUCCAGACAGGCCUUGGCAGGACUGGAAAAAUGCUUUGUGUGGACCAUGACAAUGUAAAACCAGAUAUUGUCACGCUUGGAAAGGCGUUGUCUGGUGGUGUUUAUCCUGUGUCUGCAGUCUUGGCAAAUGACGAUGUGAUGUUAGUAAUCAAGCCUGGUGAGCACGGUUCCACGUACGGUGGCAAUCCGCUCGGCGCCAAGGUUGCCGUCGCAGCACUAGAGGUUAUUCAAGAAGAAGCCUUGGUAGAGAAUGCUGAAAAGAUGGGCAAAGUCUUACGAUCAGAGCUGACUAAUUUGUCUCAUCCAAUGGUGAAGACUGUUCGUGGUAAAGGGCUUCUCAAUGCUGUCAUCAUCCAGCCAGAAUAUGAUGCUUGGGAUGUGUGCCUCCAACUGAAGAAGAAUGGGCUUCUGGCGAAGCCAACUCACGGAGAUAAGAUCCGCCUAGCACCUCCACUUGUCAUAAAUGAGCAGCAGCUCCAAGAGUCUGUGGAAAUUAUGGCAAAGACAUUUUUGGAAUACAAGCGACCAUAAGUUGUACCUGUUUGCUAAUGUACUACUCUAAUGUAUAUCUGAUGUGUUGUUUUGUAAAUGCAGACUGCUGUGCCACUCAUAUUGAAAUAUAUGCAAGGUGUUCAGA